CAACAAAGCCGAGGAUCGAUUGUCGAGUCGACAGUUCGUCUUAAAAAACGUGCAUCACAACUUGUUAUCGAAAUACCAGCGGCACAAUUGAGGAAAAUCAAGGAAACCGAGGGAAUCGGAUCAGUGAAGCGAGAGUCAAAACAUUUCUGCGAUACUACGACAUUACAUGGUCCCAAAAGGGUUUUCUAUGGAAAGAAAUUUUCUUGCUUCUUUUGGCUGGUGAUAAUGUUUGGAUUACUUGUGUUUCUGCUGUUGCAAAUUGGAACUCUGUCGUCUAUGUACUUCAGUCAUCCUACACUUUCCCAGGUACGCUGCAUAUUCGAGUCAUGUAAACUUUGCUAA